AUGAUGUUUGACUUUGCAGGGAGUUUCUUGGUCAAGGCUGGAUGAAGAUGGACAAAAAUGAAAGAACUCCAUACAUUAUGAAGACCAGUCAGCACUUCAAUGAUAUGAGUAAUCUGGUAGCUUCUGAGAUUAUGGCUCAUGCAGAUGUGAGCUCCAGGGCUGGAUCCAUUGACAAGUGGCUGGCAGUGGCUGAUAUCUGCCGCUGUCUCAACAACUACAACGGAGUCUUGGAAAUCACAUCUGCACUGAACCGCAGCGCCAUCUACAGGCUGAAGAAGACAUGGGCCAAGGUUUGCAAACAGACCAAGGCAUUAAUGGAUAGGCUGCAGAAGAUCGUGUCGUCUGAAGGGAGGUUUAAGAACCUGAGGGAAACUCUGAAGAACUGUAACCCACCGUGUGUGCCCUAUCUGGGCAUGUACCUGACAGAUUUGGCAUUUAUCGAGGAAGGAACACCCAAUUUCACGGAGGAGGGUCUCGUCAACUUCUCUAAAAUGAGGAUGAUUUCACACAUAAUACGAGAGAUUCGACAGUUUCAGCAGGCGCCCUAUAGGAUUGAACUGCAACCUAAGGUGACACAGUUCCUCCUGGAUAAGACCCUUGUAAUGGACGAGGACACGCUUUAUGAACUAUCUCUGAAGAUCGAGCCAAGACUUCCACCUGCCAACUAAACACAAUGAUCAUGUUUACACCAGACUCCGAUAUCCAGAGAGUCAGUUUGUGAGAAUCCAAAUCUCAAAGUCUGAACCACUUAUCCAUAUAUAUUCACCUCAUUCCAGAUGAUUGCUGUAAACUCAGGUAUUAAUGUGCCUUGUUGUAAAUGUUAUGAAAUUUCUUGGUACAUAUUUAUAGGAUGGUGCAAUUUAAUAUCAGUUUGAUAAUCUCUUGAUAAUGUUUUUUACCUGAAGGCGAAAAUAUCAGCUCGGUUUUUAAGUCUAAUCAUGUCUUUAGUAUAUUAGUGUUCAUGUUUGUAUGCAUACAAAUGGGUUUAGAUGAAACAAUGUCUCACAAAUUACUUGUAUAAAUAGUUUAUGAGGAUUCUUCAUAGACAUAAUGUAUUUUAUACUGUAAAAAACGCUAUUUACCUCACCCC